CCACAGCCACAUAGCUUACCUGAUAUCUGUACUGUUCCCAAUUCGCCAUUAUAGUUCUUACACUCGAAGUGUAUGGUGCUGGAAGAAAUAAGAAACAGCUUGUUGAGAUUCCUGAAGAAGAAAAUGACAAAACUGGAGCGGAAAAUACAGGAAAUAUCGUCAUCAAGCAGUUGUGGAGAGGGAUACCAGACUGGAGCUCAUAGAAAAAUGGAAGUUCCCACCAAACUGCAAGGCUCUGCGGUGCAGCAAGAGGAGCCAACCAUAUCGAAAGUCACCGCACAAGAAGGCGAAGGGAUCCUACCAGCGUUACGAGAGAAGAAACUAAGGAAUUAG